GCAAUUGUAAGAUAUACUGGUGUCCCUACGAUGCUAUAAAUUUAAACGAAGGAAAUGGUGUAAUAUUAGAUAUCGAGGAACAAAAUCGAAUUGAUAUACAACCAGUAAGACUUGUUAUUGAAUGUUAAUAAUUUCUGUUUCUAUAUAUUGUAAUGUAUUUUUAGGUAGUUGUAAUAUAUACUGGUGUCCCUGACGAUGCUAUAAAUUUAAACGAAGGAAAUGGUGUAAUAUUAGAAAUCGAGGAACAAAAUCCGAUUUAUAUACAACCAGUAAGACAUGUAAUUGAAUGUUAAUAAUUUUAUUUCUAUAUAUUGUAAUGUGUUUUUAGGCAGUUGUAAUAUAUACUGGUGUCCCUGACGAUGCUAUAAAUAUAAUCGAAGAACCAGCUGUAAUGUUAGAUAUCGAGGAACAAAAUCCAAUUGAUAUACAUCCAGUAUGACAUGUUAUUGAACAUUUCAUUGAAUGCUAUUAAUAUCUAUUUAUAUAUAUAUAUUGUAAUGUGUUAUUAGGCAGUUGUAAGAAAUCCUGGUGCCCCUGACGAUUCUAUAAAUAUAAUCGAAGAACCAGCUGUAGG